CAUUGGCUGUAUUGAGUCAAUAUAUAGAUUAGUUCCAAAAAAAAAAAAAAGAUUUGUAUUCAGCUUUUAGUAGCAGCAACUGUCCCUAGUCACUCAUCAGCAUCGUUUAUGACAAUGGGGCUGAGGACAGAACAGGAGCAGCCCUUGAAUUGGAGAGAGCACGUUGUGUGUAGAGGAGAGCUGGUGCUGCUGUUGCUGCUGCUGCUGCUCCUGGAGAUCCAGCGCCUGCAGCACCCCCCGUCCUCUUCAUAGGCUUUGCUGACUGCUGACCUAACGAGAACCAGCGCAGCGCUGCUCUCCAAGGUGCUGAAGAGAGCCAACCGCACGGGGGAAACGCGCACCGAGCUGAUUAUGCAACAGAGGGAAGAGAGCAAGCUUCUGCCUCCAUGAAGACACAAGUAUUCCAGAGGAAAACGCCUUGCUGCUGGAGAAGCUCCCCUCCAACACUGUGGAUUGUUUGCCUGCAGUAAGGGAUAUGCUCACACAGAUCACAUUAGCGGCAAGGUAAAAAAAAAAUCCCAUGUGUCCUUUUUUAUUCUGGAGAUCUUGCUUAUGCUUUCCUAUCCAACUGCGUUUUUUUUUUUUUACUUGCUGAAAAUUCUGCAACUAUUUUUUUUUUUUAUGUGGCUUUUAAAUUAAUUUAUUAAAUGUGAAAGUUUUUUUUUUUUUUUGGGUGAUGACACGAGACAAAAGUUUCCAAGGAGCCUUAUUCUUUGUUGCUGGAGCAGCUGAUGGGACCGGACAAGUCUUGGGGAUCUGCAAAGGUCAUUGGACCAAGAUAAAGGCAAUGGGUGCUGUUUGCCAUCUCUACAAAUGUCCUUUAUAAUUGGAGCUGGAUGGGAUGGAUAGUAGGCAUGUGAAGGUGACUGGCUAAAGGUGGAUUUAUCCUGAAACACAUGAGAUGGAUUAUAUAAUGUAACAGGAAAAAAAAGGGGGGAUUAGGAAUAUUUAUAUAUCUAAUUAUUAUCUAAUUAUUAGGUCAAAAGGAGCGAAAUAUGCAUGCUUACUCAAUGGAUAAAGCUGCGAUUUGUCACCCAUAGUCACAACUGGCAGUCAGUUCUGUGCAAACUUUCCAAAUAAAGUCUUAAAAAGAGAAAUGCACUGAGAUUUUAGCUUUUUUAUUAGGCUAUUUAAUAGUUGCUAAUUGAUUCCUUCUCUGGAGCAUCGCUUAUGGAUUGUGGUCCAAUGCCUCUCCAUCCAAUGAAGUGCUGGUUGCUGUCCAGGUGCCCGGUGGUGCUGAAAUUUGGAUGAUGUCUAGCAGGAGAACUAAAAGCUGCUGCUGCUUACUGCCACUCAACGAAGACAACGGGCGAUUCCUUCUCCUGGCCAUCUUCAUUGUCCUCUACCUGAUCGCUGGAGCCACAGUGUUCUCCACCAUAGAGAGGCCCUCAGAACUGGUGGCCCACCACCGAUGGGACAGGAUAUUAAAGAACUUCAGCCAGUCGUUUAACAUCAGCCUCCUGGAGCUCAGGUCUUUUCUGCGAGAUUAUGAAGCAGCCAUGGCAGCAGGGAUUAGGGCAGAUGCCCUCAGACCAAGGUGGGACUUUACCGGAGCACUGUACUUUGUAGGGACUGUCGUCUCCACAAUAGGUUUCGGAAUGACCACGCCAGCCACCAUCACAGGAAAAGUGGUCCUCAUCUUCUACGGCCUUUUUGGAUGUGCUGGAACCAUAUUGUUCUUUAACCUCUUCUUGGAAAGGAUGAUAUCUCUUUUGGCUUUUGUCAUGAAAUCUUGCCAUGAAAGGCAGUUAAGACGAAAUGGGCUUCUACCUCCGACUGUCCGUCGGGGGUCAUCGGUCUCCGAAGUGGACAGCCUAGUUGGCUGGAAGCCAUCUGUCUACCACGUCAUGCUAAUUCUGGGAAUUUUUGCUAUCACUCUCUCUUGCUGUGCAUCAGCCAUGUACACCCCAGUGGAGGGUUGGAACUACAUAGACUCUUUGUAUUACUGUUUUGUCACUUUUAGCACCAUUGGAUUUGGAGAUCUAGUAAGCAGCCAAAACGCAGAGUACAAAUAUCAGGGAUUAUACAGGUUUGGAAAUUUCAUGUGUAUACUGUUGGGAGUUUGUUGCAUUUACUCUCUUUUUAACGUCAUAUCGAUUGUAAUCAAGCAAGUUUUAAACUGGAUUCUAAAAAAAUGUAGGUGCCGAUGCUGUAACAAGUGCCAUAAAUCCAAUGCCCGACUUGGGCGCCGCAAUGCCAUCACUCCCGGAGCUCGCUUCCGCAGGAACCAAUUGUCGAUAGAGACCGACGGAAACUACGACAGUGAUACGGAAGGCAGAAGGCUGUCGGGGGAGAUGAUCUCAAUGAGGGACCUUACGGCGUCCAAUAAGGUUUCUCUUGCCAUACUGCAGAAGCAGUUAUCUGAAACAGCCAAUGGUUACCCUAGAACUGUGUGCAUCAAUACACGACAAAAUGGCUUCUCAGGAGGGGUUGGAGCUUUAGCCAUCAUGAACAAUAGGUUGGCAGAAACAAGUGAUUCUAGGUAUUCAAGCAGCAAGAACCAGUGUUUUGGACUUCCUACUACUCGAAACUGAAUGCAUUUUAUUCUUUUUUUUUUUUUCCUUUU